AUGGACAUUGGUCAGGCAGGAAAAUUCGAUCUGAUAUUACUACUGGAAGUAAGUAAAAAAGCUGGAGAUCUCGAUAAAUUAUUGAUCAUGUGCAAAGAAAUGCUAUCAAAUGAAGAUGGAAAAAUUGUAAUUAUGGCUCGGCCAAAAAGUCCUUCACCUCCUUUACCUGAAUGCUGCAGACCUAUUUGGAGAGAACUUUCGUACACACGAGAUGAGAUUCUUGCUGCAAUUAAUAAUGCAGAAUUACAAUCAACAUGUGUGUCAUCAAGUGUACCAGUAAGUAUUGGAAAAUUUGACUGGGAAGCAAUACUGUAUACUGGUAACAUAACUGUGGUAAAAAUGUGUCCAAAGUGUACCGAACAAGAAAUUGCUAAAUUCUGCAAAAGUCAAUCUCCGCAAGUUGCAUUUGAAGAAAAACUAAAUGUUUUUUUGAUUAGACUUAAAAGUUAG